GGAAACAUGGCUUUGCGGCUCCGCUGCAAGGUGCUGCUGAUUGGGGAUCCUGCAGUCGGCAAAACUGCGAUCAGCCAGACCUUCAGCCACGUAAGAUCACCGAGACGAGCAGGAGCGAGGAUGCACGCUGAGCUGCCACGGUGUUUGUUCUGCGUGUACAGGGGCUGCAUCACUUCAGGAAGGACUAUGCCAUGGUACAGCCAGCACCCAUGGCCGAAUGAGUGAAAGAUCCGGGCAUCCCUCCCUGCGUAUAAGGAUGAAUGCUCGUGCGCUGUGCUUGUGUGUCGUGUAUGCGGCACGGCAGACGACGGGUGUGGACGUGUAUAUGAAGCCCAUCAAGAUCCCCGAACAGCCCGUCUGCGUGGAGCUCUUCGUGCUGGACGCCGGCGGGGAUGACUACACACAAGAACUACUCAAACCACACGUACGCGGCAUGACACACACACGCGUCUGUCCGUCCAUCCAUCCGUGUUGUUGUGCUGCUUGUGUAUCGUGUCGUGUGGUGUCAGUAUGCGACGGCGAAUGCGUUUGUGUUUGUGUACGAUGUGACGAGCCUCGACAGCUUCCACCACCUCAGAUCAUGGCACACACCACACGAGCCCCUAGGCACAGCCUGGCUGCUUCAUCCAUGUGUGUGUGUGUGUGUGUGUGUGUUGUGUGUCAGGUACGAGAGGGUGCAGGCGGCACGUGAGAAUGCCGCCGUCGUAGGUAUGUGUGAUGCGACGCAACGACACAACCAUUGGAGAUGUGUGUGUGUGUGCAGGUGUAGUAUUGGCCAACAAGAGCGACUACGACACCAGCGGGCACAACAUGGUCAAGCCACAUAUGGUGGGUCACACACCUGGCCACCAGCGCACACGUACAGCCCCUCCCCUUGAUGAGUGGACGAAUGGAUACGUGUGUGCUGACAUGAAUGGCAGGGCCAGGAGUUUGCCAAAGCGAGAGGCCUGGAGUUCUUCGACACAUCAGCGGUAGAGUGUGCGGUCCGUCCAUUCAGGUAUGUGCCGUGCAUGGCGUGUGUGUGUUUCUUAUUUAUCAGCUGCGUGGAGAGGUGGAAGUGCCGCUGUGUUUCCUGGCGGAGGUGUUCGCGUCUAGCUAUGAAGAGAGGAGACUCGCACUGCUAGAAAUGUGACAGACAGAACGACCGGUGGAUGGAUGGAUGGAUGGGCGCACGAAGUGUGUGUAUGCAUUUGUGUGAAUGUGAUUCGUGUGUGUGCCGACACAACAAGCCUUCUCCAUCCAUCGAGGUAGGUAAAUGGAUGCUAUGAGAAAAUGCCUGCCUUUCGUUACGUUGAGGUCCUUUGGUGGCCAGUGAGUAAAGCCUAUCACUCACAGUCUCUUUCCGUGCGGAACUAUCUAUCUAUCUAUCUAGUAUACACAUACGUACACGUUGGCCAAUUGCCUAACUAAGUACAAUGAAAAUGAGCAGCUG